AUGGCUACGUAUGGUGGCUUUGAUGUUUAUGAGUUGACAGCAGGGACUCUUGACGUAUCAGAUGGAAGCUUGUUUAACUUAUCAUAUCCUGCUUAUUUCCUUGCAAAUGUCACAUCAAACGUUUUCAAUAGCAGUGAAUUUCAGAAGGAUAUACUCAAUAUUUCAAAUGAGCUAUACCCUAUGUUUUAUAAUAAGGAGUCAUUUAUGGGUGGAGUUGUGACAAUCUCUUUUGUUUUAAGUGGGAUAGUAACAGCAAGUUGGAUGUUAUUUUUAUUGUUGUUUCUAGCUUCCAAUACUAUUCCAAAUUCAUUGAUUUUAACAAAUCUAUUUUAUUCAGUUGGACAUAGCGUUAUGCUAACAAAGCUAACUUCUAUUUUGAAAUGUCAAUAUAAACACAACUAUUCAGAUAUGGAUGAAAUUAAAAAACUUUUGAGUUUUGGAACAAGUUUCUUAAUAGUUCGUUCUAUCACAAACUUAUUGAUUUGGAUUUCAUGGGUUGACAUAAUGAUCCAAAUAUCAAAAUAUUCAUAUAAAAGAAGAAUCAUAAUAUGGGGGAUUGGUUUAAGUGUUUGUAAUUUUGUUGUGAGGUUAAUUUAUGGUAUAAUGUACACAAGGUACGAUCAUCACACAUCAAAAUUUAAAGGAGUGAAAGCUUUACAUUUUUUCUUAGAUUAUCUUAUGUUGCUUAUCUUCACUUUUCAAGUUGCAAGAUAUACGUUCCAGAAGAGAAAAUUUGCAUAUCAUAGAAAAGCGUUUGCAUUGGCUAUUUUCUGUUGGAUAACAUUAAUAGUUCCUUUUAUAUUUGCCACAAUAGAUCUAUGCUCAGAGACCUUGAGAACUUGGUCAACUUAUAUUUUUUCAUUUUCAGUGUUUUGUGUUAUUGUUGUGAUAUGGGAAUGGGUUCAUACUAUUAGGAGUUUGGAAUUAAGAUAUGAGAGAAAAGCAGUAUUAGGGAGAAGAAUCUCAAAUGAUAGUUUCUUGGAAGACCCAAUGAAUCCAAACUUGGAUCCUAAACAUCGUCAUAACAAUGGCUACAUCUUGAAGAGUAUCAAUGUUCUAAGCAUACUUUCAUCUUUUAAAAUUUGUGGAGAAUUGAAGAACAAGUUAACCUUACCAAGUUCAACAGCCAGAAGGAACACUGAUCAGCAUGAAGACGUGUCAUUCUUCGAGAUGGUGGAUGAUCUUUCAAGACAGAGCUCCUACCAAGGGUCAGCCAUGUCGUAUGAGAAUGAUAACCAUCCUGAAUUCAAUGUUGACCAUCGGUACCUGAGGAAUACUCCUUCAACAUUUGCUGGAAGUCGAGUAACUCCAAUCAGCAACCACCUCAACUCGGAACAACAAACUUCAAGAACAAAUACACCUAGACAUGAUAGCAAUGAUAAUAGUUAA